AUGUACGGCCAGCUGCGUGUCGCUCAGAGGGCUUCUGGGAUCAAGGGUCCCCAGCGAAGACUCUUCGCGACCCCUCCCACCCCUCCCCCUGCCGGGACCACCGUCGUCCGACCCCAUGUCGUGUCCAUCCCUCCCCCCGGCGCCCCUGGCACCACCACCCUCGCCACCCCUCCCCCUGUCCGAAAGACCCACCGCUUCAGGAACUUUCUCAUCUACACCACCCUCGGCACUGUCGCCUUCUACGCCGGGUCCGGAUAUGCCGGUACCAAGUCUGAGGGCUACAGAGAUCUGUUCACCACCUAUGUCCCCGGUGGAGAGUCUGUCGCCGACUAUGCGGAGGAGAAUGGAUGGGAGAACUUGACCGGAAAGGUGGUGAAGGGGUACGAAAAGGUGGCUGGCAGGCCUGAGACCAGAGUAGAGAGAGUCGAGAGGAAGGUCGGCGAGGUCCCUGGGCAAUUCAAGGCUGCGGCCGCGGACGUCAAGGACAAGGUCACUCCCGCUCCCCCUACUGCUUCUGAAAAGCUCGCCGACAAGGCUGCCGAGUUGAGCAAGCUCGCUUCUGAAAAGACCAAGGAGGCCGAGGAAAAGCUCAAGGUUCUCGCUGAGGAGGCCAAGGGAAAGGUCCAGGAGGCUACCAAGGACGUGCCAUUCAACGUCUCUGAGGGCGCUGAAGAGCUUGUGCGCAAGGCUGAGAAUGCCCUCGGCAAGGUCGAGCACAAGGCCGAGGAGGUCAAGAAGGAGGUCACCAAGCCUUCCAGCCCCUUCCCCGACACCCAGCGUCCCCGUGAGCUCACUCCCGUCGGCGUCACCCCGCAGAAGCCUUCCUACGAGGGCAAGAAGCUCUACACCGGUCCUCCCCUUCCCCUCGGCCACGAGCCUCCUCCCGGCUACUACCUCGCCCCUCCCGUGAACACUGUCAAGCAAAAGAUCGAGAACAAGGUCGAGGAAGUCAAGGAGAAGCUCCCCUUGCUCGUUCCCAAGGUCAAGGAGUUUGCCGCUGAAGAACCCAUCAUCUCCCAACUCGCCUCUACCAUCGACUCCCUCACAUCGUCCCUCUCCACUCCCGCCAAGGCGCUUUCUCCCGACGCUACCGGUAUCCUCUCCAGGGCCCAGGAUGACCUUACCGCUUUGAAUUCUCGAUUGCAAGAGGUCAAGAAGCUGGAGAAGGAGCGAUUGGAGAAGACUUUCAGCGAGAAAAAGGCCGAGUUUGAGGCGUUGUUGAAGAACAGGGACGCUGAGAAGGACAAGUCUGAGGAAGGCUUGAAGCAGGGCUGGGUCAAGGAGAGGCAAACGCUUGUGGAGGACUGGAGGAAGGAGCUCGAAGGAGAGUUGGAGCACCAGAGACAGGGUAUUGAGACAAGACUUCGUGAGGAAGUUGUCUCUCAGGGUAUCGAGCUCCAGCGACGCUGGCUCCGUUCCAUCAAGACUCAGGUUGAGACCGAACGAGGAGGCCGUCUCGCCAAGCUCGACUCUCUCUCCACCUCUCUCAAACAGCUCGAGCGCAUCACCCUCGACAACUCUGCCACCUUGGACGACAAUGUUCGUCUCCACAAGCUCUGGUCUGCCCUGAGGGCCGUGCAGGGCAAGGUUGACAAGGGAGACGUCUCUUUCGACGAUGAGCUCCGUGCGUUGAAGACUUUGGGUUUGAACGAGGGUGUCGUCAAGACUGCUCUCGCCCAGCUCGAAACCAGCGGCAUCCCCCAAACCGGCGUCAAGUCCUUCCCCGCCCUCUCAUCAUGGUUCACCAACACCGUCGCUCCCCGAAUCCAAUCAUCCUCCCUCGUCCCCGCCCCCGAAGAGGCUUCCGUCCUCUCCCACCUCGCCUCCGCGACCUUGUCCAAGGUCCUCUUCCGACCUACUGCUGGACGUGUACCAGGAGAGAGUGUGGGAGCUACGUUGGCUAGGGCGGAGUGGUGUUUGGGUCAGAAGGAUUUGGAUGGAGCAGCGAGGGAGGUUAACAGUCUGACGGGAUGGCCGGCCAAGUUGGCGGGUGACUGGUUGGUGCAGGCAAGGAGAAAGUUGGAGGUGCAGCAGGCUCUCGAGGUCGUGGCGACCGAGGCCACUUUGGACUCUUUGCUUUUGGCCUAA